ACCCCACUAUGAGUAUGGUGUCCACCAGAUGGGGCCAGUUCAGUGCCUACAUACAUAUGUACAUACAUAAGUUACAUAGCACUGUAGCAAUUUGACAAGGGCGCUGAAGCUCCAGCUCCAGCUCCAGCACAGCACAGCACAGAGCAAACGGGAAACCAUCCACCCCAUCGCCUUCAGCAGCCUCCGCAGAUUGCCAUCACAUGCUCGAAACCCUCCCCUCCCGACUUACAUGCUGCGCUACCGACUUUCAAGCCGUCGUCUCGUCUCAAACGUCCCGCCGACUCGUCAUGUUGUGAACCAGCCACUCUCAAUCAUGCCUUUGGGGGAAUACCUUCAAGCUGAGUUGCUAGCCAGGGGGUCCCGAGCUCUCCAAUCAUGUCCUUUCGAUUUGCCUUGCCCACCUCGGAUGGGCGAUUACACAAGGAGGAGGACCUCACCCUCAUGAGAAGUGCUUCACAGAGAAUACCCAGCAAUAAGUCAAACCACGUUGACGCCACCCUGAACCCAGCCGCCGAAACACACCAUGCGCCCGCCGAAUCCACGCCCUCUCCCACCCCCAACCGCCGCCAUGUCGUCUUUGCCGACCCCGUUGCCUUGAGAUAUCUCGAGGAAGACCCCAGCGUCAAGGUCGUCGAGCGAAAGGGGCUGCUACGCGGAUAUGAGUUAUAUCUUGUCGAACAAUGGGCCUGCUCGCGCCAGUCCCCUACCUUGGUCAUCGCCACCUACACAGGUGACCAGAGACAUGCCAUCGUCGUAGGCGUUUUGAGCCUCCCCGAAGACGAAAGUGCCUGGUCGCCUCGGCUCAAGGUCUAUUUCAAAGCCAUACAAUAUCAUCAUGCCCGGCCCAAAGAAACUGCCCUCGGCGAGCUGAUGGUCACCAACCUGAGCAGUUUCCCCUCCGCUUUGACUGUCAUACCUGUGCCCGGUGGUGAUAUCAAGAAACAUCGCCAAGGCUUCAUUGUCAACGAAAACCUGAAGCGCCUGGGUUGCUCCGGCCGAUCUGGCAUGACCCUGACUGAGCCUGCUGCCGCCGCGAAAGCCAAAUUCUACCAGCUCUACAAGGUCAACGACAAGAUUCCAUUUUACGACGCCGUAGUCGAGCUGAUUAAGCUCUGCCAAGUGGCUCUUUUCAUUUUCGGAAAGCUAGAUCAGGAGUAUGUUGAUGGCCUGUUGUGUGAUGUAACAGAACAGGCGGUCGGAGAUUGGUGGACAGAGUUCGGUACCGACUACUACAACAUGGAGCCGACGGACGGCAUAUUAGGCCCAAGCACAAUUGCCGCUCUGCUUGGCUUGUUGAUGGGAUCUAGAAAUCGACUCAGCUAUUAUGGUGCCCCCGUGGCCAAGGACGUAUUCGACAUAGAAAGCACAAAGAGAGGCAUCGGCUAUUUCCAGAAAUCUCAAAAAUUGGAGCGAACCCGACGGUUAGACCGGCAGACUCUGCACAGGCUUCGCCAUGUCACUGCAAAGGCCGCCGCAGGCGAAGAGUGGGGUCUACAGAAAGCCGUCAAGUCGACUGUCAGUGAAAUAGGUGGCAAAAGAGGUGAAAUCGUCCUGGGUAUGGUCGGUGGGCGCGACAAAGGUGGCAUUGGUGACAUUGAAACACUGGAUCUCGACAGGUUCGUCGGACUGGCGCAUGGAGAAAGAGCCAAAUGGCUCUGGUUGGGAAAACCGAAGCGCACACCUCUGGACCAUCACGAGAGGUCGCUGCCUGAUAUGUCGAACAUGUCAAACAUCUUGUUUGGCAAGGAGGAGCCACUAGCGCAGUCGAAAAGGACGCAAUCCGUGCCGCUGGACGAAGAGGUCGAGGUCCACAAGAAUGACGAAUCCCUGGGUGUGUACUCGGCUCCGGCACCUGGUUCUGCCACUAGCAUUGCAGCAGACAGCCCUAACGACAAAGAUGCGCUGAGACGUGGCGUUUUCAAAAGUGUUGCGGGCAAGAUUGGCGAUGCUCGGUCAGGACUAGGACGUAUCAAGGAUGCCGUCUAUAGCGGAGGCGGUCUACGUGGCCACACAAGCCGACCGUCUAGAGAUGAAUCAUCCGAAACGGGGGUUUCGGGGAACAUUCCCUCCGUUCUGACUGGCUCGUCUGCCGGUCUGGUAACCAGUCCAGGUCCUGGUGGAGUGAGUAGGGCGUUUACUUGGAAGAAUAAGCCAGAAGAAUACCGAGACGUUUUCAGAGAGGCAGACCAGACACCUGAAGCGCCGUUCGGAGGGCAAGGGCGGUUUCUCGGAAUGCCACCGGGCUUAUAUCGACCUGCCACUCGGGCAGCAGAGGAGAUCGUGCCCGACGAGGAGCCGAGACGACUCUCUGAUAUAGCGGAAAUUCGGAACGACAUGACGAAGCUCGAUACGUCUACCAACGACUCAACACCGCCCCAAGAAGUAUUGCGAGGUCCAGCAUUAGACGCCGAAAAACGAUUUGAUCAGCCGGUAUCGCAGCUUCACCGCCGGCAUAGUAUUUCAAGCAUGCAACCAGACCAGCGUGUUUUGAACGAGGCCAGGUGGCCUCGACGACUAUCCUUCAGCCAUGCAGAAGAAGCGGUAUUAGGAUGGGUGGAACUGACAGUCCUGGACGACGAAGAAGACACAAGCACGGAAGCAAUACUGGACAAGCAGACACAGCUGGCUGAGCUAGCACAAAAUCUAUACAUGAACAUUGUGGACGUGAAACAGACUAUUGAACCAUGGGUGGACAAGAAAAUAGCAUCCAUCGAAGAUAUUGAGGCGUGCUACGGUAAGCAGUACGAUGACCUGCAGAACGUGCUUUAUGAACUUCAAGAGGCAUAUCAGCACACCAAGCAAAACUCGGAAGAAAUCGUCGCGGCCGAGCGAGCACAGAUCACGGAAGCUGUUAAGGAUGUCGAGGUUUUAGUCGCAAAGCUAGACUACGAGAUCAAUGCGCUCAGAUCGAGAGUGGAUGAUGUCGAGGAUGGGGCAGAACAGUUUGAGCUCCAAGUCGAAGCGGUAGAAAGACGUGCAGAUGAAUUAAAGCUGCAGCUGGAGACGGAGAGCUGGUUGCAUUGGGCCGUCCGCACUCUGACCGGAAUUGGUACCGGACCAAACAUUACGCAGGAACGGCAGACACAGUAAGGGAAGCCAAAGCUUCAUUUCCUCAUGGCCCAUCAUCGGGAUUACACCGGCAUACACAACUUUUUCAUUGCAUAGCGUCGCACAUGGUUGGCCAUGGCGUUACCUGGGAAUGUUUUACUUACUUGAAUAGAAUUGCUUCUAGACACGCAGAUGGCAUUAGCCUCGAGACAUAAAUAAAUAAAGUAAUCAGAGACCUAGUCCAAUACAUGUACCUACACUAC